UUUUUUUUUUUUUUAUUUCCCCCCAUAAACCCAUAGGUCUUCGGAAAAUGAUUCCAUCUAUGACCACCGGUCCAACAACUUACAGAAAAAAUACAUUCAGAUACAGAUAUUUACAAAAAGAACAUGGGAAAGUGUUUUACCAGCAGGCCCUCUAUCCACGGAAGAAGAAUCCCUUGAGCAAAACUCAUCAUCCCUUCGCUGCACUCCAUGGUUGCAAAAAAUCCUAGAAAUACGUCCUUCCAUCCAAUGCUCCUGCCUUCCACGUUGCUCUUCUCCGAAUCACUGCGACGUAUCACAGGACCCUGCUGAGCUUGCUGUGCCUCUGGGGGGCUGAUGGUCCUUGCAUUUUUCUGUGUCCUCUCAUCGUGGUCUUUGGCCCAGCGAAAAUACCGCCCUUCAAGCUCUUCUUGACAUUCUGCAUGUUUCCUUUUCGCUCGAAUACCCUUCACCAAUGGCGAACGUUCUACUUUCUCGUCCAUCACAUCAACUUCCCCAGAGAGAUCCGAAAAAUUGUCAAUUGUUGCCUCAUCAUCUCUCGAUGCAAGAGCAUCAAACCGGUUUCUAUUCAGAGUAUCCGGGAAUUCAGUGUCAUAGUUUGUCCUUAUGUUAACUUUCCUCCUGGCUCCUCCGUGUCCCUGAUUGCGCUCAGGAUUCUGAUUGUUGCGUGUGUCUGCAGAUUGCACAUUAGGGGGCUCCACUCGAGCAGGUUGGGCUGGUCGAGCAGCUCUUCUGCGGGCCAAGGAACGAUCCACAGCAAGGUCCUUAAUUUCUCCCAACUUUGUGCAUACGUGGUUUUUCUGUGGCAGCAAAAGUUUACAGUUAGGGCAGUUGUAUGUUCCUUCUGUACACGGGAAUGAGCUAGAUCCUUCCGUAUGAAAAAGUCCACACUUAUCACAUCUAGGACGGCUGCCACAAUGAGCUUCGGUGUGCCCAAAGCGGAAGCACGUCUUGCACUCCAUAACCCUUGGGGCAAACGGUUUCACUGGGAUUCUGAGCUUAUUAACCACCAAAAAGUCUGGGAGAAUAGUUCCCUCGAAAAUGAUUCUCACAAAUGGUGUAUUCUUUAGCUGCGAGUUAGAUUCACUAACAACCUUUUUCUUAAGGCGAAUAGCAUCCAACAGCACGAUAACAUCCGAAGAUCCGUCAAGUACACCGUAUCCGGCUUCCAUGAUGUCCUUAAUAUCCUCGCACUCAUUCAGAAAGAUUUUCCCAUAUACCUCCGAACUCUUCGAAGGGAUGUACGUGAAAAAAUCUCUGCAAAAAUCACCAUCCUUCACCAAUUUAUUUGCAUCUUCUCUGUUCUUCACAGAAAUCUUUAGCUUAUCUCUAUUGACGGGAAGAAUAGACUCCACCGAUUCAUAUUUAUUGAAGGUCUUUGUCGAAAUUUGCAUCACAGCCAAAUUGUGUUUCUUUUUGGCUCGAAGAUACACAACAAACGGUCCUCUCGCUUGCACACCAUAUUGUCGAGUUCUUCCGGCUGGUACAGUAGAACCUGUCGCCCCGUUAUCAUCGCGCAAACCAGAGUGCUCCAUUGUCCCACCAUCACCAGUGUAAGGGGGAUCAGGUUCCUCUCCAUCCUCUCCCAUAACUACUACACUCGCAGUGCAUGAACACUUUCGAGCGUCACAUUAACCAACACUCGUGGCGCUCUUGAGUUCUCACUCACACCACUAAACCCACAGAAAAGUUCGUGAAAAUUGGGAAAAUUCACUAUAGUCCAAGACAAAUUUCUUGCUAAAUAAUGUCCAAUCACUUUACUUGCUAUUCUGACUCAAAAUUUGAGGGAAAACAGCUGAAAAUCUAGCCAAUAAGCAGAGUGUGAAUCCACACCUCCGACUCUUUUGAGACACAGAGUACGACUGACGUUAUUAUUGUAAAGGAAGAAUUUUCCCUUCAGGAGGGAACAUCUUAAGCACGCAGACACGGCAAAUGAUGCUAAUUUCUCACGAGGAGAUAAGCGCCACAGCACCUCCUGGGCUGUGUGCAAAAUUAAUCUGUGAGGGUGGAAAAUUUUACAAAAUAUUUCAGUGUCAACGUCUCACCCGCCCCCGCAGGUGCAGCACCACCUUAGUGCGGUGGUGGUGGGUAAUUCGACCGGCGCACCUGGUCUCACCGCGGCAGGGGGUGCACCAUGGAAACAACAAUAAACAACAGAAGGACAUCCUGGAGUUUGAGUUGAUGUGUAAAUGGCUGAACUUCACAUAAUCGGACAAAUUUUGGACGCCAGAGAUUUCGAGGAGGAGAAUCUUCUCUGCAAGUGGAGCUUCCAGAUCGGAUCAUCGUGGAAGGUGAUUGAGGGCUUGGCGGAGGGACAAACGGCCACAGAUUCAAAUCGCGUGGAAAAGUGUUCGGUUUUUUCGCAUCCUCUGGACCUCCAUCUAUCCACACGUGGCCUCCAGGGGUGGCCAAAGCUUCACGUGGAGAUUUGGACGGCUAACGCACUCAAACAGUGCUGGCCCGUUGGUUUCGGGGUCCUCCACAUACCCACACGCCCUGGGGUACAUCGUGUGAGUAUCCCCACGUGGCGUAUUGCCCCCGGAAACAUCUGGGACGGCAUUCGUGAGAAAUUUCACGGUGGUGGUGUUGCCCUAGCCCGGAAGGAACUCAUCCACACAGCUGGGGAUCGCUACAAACUCUCCACAACAUCCUCAGCGGGCUCCGUGACGGUUGAAUUGAUGCUGAUCUUUAAAAAUUUCAAAAAAUUCGGUGUUGAAUUUUAAAGAAAAUCCACUCCCAAAAUGAAGCUCUUUGUAGCUCUUCUCACGCUCUUGGGCAUUACAGUGGUUCACGGGGAUCGUGCCCUCGUGAAGAUUGGCGUGUCCAAGACAACAAUGGCUCCGGUUGUAACGACUGAAAGCUCGUCAACGACAACCACAACAGUUGCAACAACAACUACCACUUUGAGCACUUCAACAACCACUCAGAGCACUUCUACCACCAGCACUUCAAAGGAUAACACUACAGUUAGUGCUUCCUCGACAACUUCCACAACAACCCUGGCACCUCCUGCGAAUGCAACGGAUGUGCCAGAUGCUAAAAAUCAAACAACAAAUGCAACGGAAGCUGUGAAGAUUCCCCGAAGGAUAAGACUUCAGCAGGAACAGAGUUACUACUGCAAAUGUGAUUUAAAG